AGUCCCCGAGCGAGCACCCGGUGGCGGGGCGGGGAACCCGGCCGGCAGCCGCAGGUGGGGCUGCUCACAGCAAGGGACCCGGCCCGGGAGCCCAGGAUGCCCCGCGGGGAUUCGGAGCAGGUGCGCUACUGCGCGCGCCUCUCCUACCUCUGGCUCAAGUUCUCGCUCAUCAUCUACUCCACAGUGUUCUGGCUGAUAGGCGGCCUGAUCCUGUCGGUGGGGAUCUAUGCAGAGGUGGAGAGGCAGAAAUACAAAACCCUGGAAAGUGCCUUUCUGGCCCCAGCUAUCAUCCUCAUCCUCCUGGGGGUCAUCAUGUUCAUCGUGUCCUUCAUCGGCGUGCUGGCUUCCCUCCGUGACAACCUGUGCCUUCUCCAGGCGUUUAUGUACAUCCUUGGAAUUUGCCUCAUAAUCGAGCUCAUAGGUGGCGUGGUGGCCUUGAUCUUCCGGAACCAGACCAUCGACUUUCUGAAUGACAACAUUCGGAGAGGAAUCGAGAACUACUAUGACGAUCUGGACUUCAAAAACAUCAUGGACUUUGUUCAGAAGGAGUUUAAGUGCUGUGGCGGGGAAGACUACCGAGACUGGAGCAAAAACCAGUACCACGACUGCAGCGCCCCAGGACCCCUGGCCUGCGGGGUGCCCUACACCUGCUGCUUCAGGAACACGACAGAUGUUGUGAACACCAUGUGUGGCUACAAAACUAUUGACAAGGAGCGCCUCACCGUGCAGAAUAUCAUCUACGUGCGGGGCUGCACCAAUGCUGUGCUCAUCUGGUUCAUGGACAACUACACCAUCAUGGCCGGCCUCCUGCUGGGCAUCCUGCUCCCCCAGUUUCUGGGGGUGCUGCUGACAUUCCUGUACAUCACCCGGGUGGAGGACGUCAUCAUGGAGCACUCUGUCACCGACGGGCUCCUGGGGCCUAGCAGCGUGGAGGCAGCAGGCACCGGGUGCUGCAUGUGCUACCCCAUUUAGGGCCGUGGCCUGGGGCGACGGUUCCAGAAGGACUGACAGGACAGCUCCGCUCAGGCCGCAUUGUGGGGGCCGGACAGGACUGUGGCCCUCCUCCCUACAUUCGGCACUGAUCAAAGCCCUGGCUGUGUUUGCUCAGGCCUCCUGUCUGCAGGGUGGGGCCCCUCCCAGCUGCGGGAUUCUGUGCCUGCCCACCCUGCUGGGCGUGGGGAACGGCGUCCCUUCUCUAGGCUCAGGCCGCCGGGGAAGGGGGAGCUCGGCCCUGGGCUCUGGGCCCGUUUCAUUUCUAGUAGUGCCUUGGCCUUGGUAUUUGUGCCCCUUUAGUGCAGUUUUGUAGUGAUUUGUAAUCGAGGAGGGAGGAGAGCCUGUGUGCUCCAUGGUAAAGGAGCAGAGGGGUGCAGCCCAGGUCCCGGGUCCCUCGGCCUCACCCCUGAGGCUAGGCUGGGCCAGUUUCUCAGCCUCUCGGGUGCCUUGAGCCCUCCCCAGGGCUGCUGCUUUGCUGACCAUUUUUUACGUGAUUUUUGUAACAUUCGUUUUGUACACAGUUAACAGGAGUUUCCGACUAAUCAAAGCUGGGUGUUUCCCCCAUUCCACUCUUGCCUUUUCAAGCCAGUUUAUUAAUCAAACAAUAAAGACAUGAUUUUUUUUUC